GUAUUUCAAAAUAUAUGUAGUAUCAACUUGAGAUAUUUGUCGUUUUGCUUCUCAAUAAUUUAUUAAACGAACGGUAAAACUUAGUUUAUAUGUUAAAUUUAGAUUAUAGUUAAACAUUAUAUAUUAUUGCAUAAACAGCAGAUAUUUAUACAUAUAAAUAUAAACUAUACACUGUUUAUAACUUGAGUGUUUUGCUAAUUAAAUUUAUUCUAUGCCAAAAAAGUUAAUAUGGAGGCUUACCAAAGAGAAACACAACUAAAAAUCAUUGAGGAGGAUGUACUAUGGCCAAUAGUUGAGAAAAGAGAUUUUGAGCAACUUUUUUGUCUUAUAGAAGAUAAAGAAUUAGACAUUUCCGUGUAUAGUCUAGCAGUUUGUAUUAGAAGACUAAUUUUGGGAGGAAAUAGCAUGAUUAUUGAUAAAAUAAUGAAAAGGUUUGAUAUUGAGAGGAAAGAGAAGAUGUUCCUCGCUUUAUCAAUAAGUUGGAUAGCUAGAAUAUUUCGAGAAAAGUAUGUUCAACAUCAGGCUGAGAUUAUGGUUCCCAACGAAUUUAAAAAUUUACAUGUUCACGAUGAGACUAUAUUCCAACAUAUUGACGAUUGGUUUACUUCUGUUUAUGAAAGAGUUCACAGGCAUAGUUCAGAAGAGCACACCCUCUUCUUUGACCUUAUGUGCAAAUUUAUGCAGCCUCCUUCACCAGUUCCCUGUAUAAACGCUAUAACUGUUUGGCCAAAAUUGUUCGCAAGUGGAGCAUUACUAAUGAAAAUUCGAGAGAAGGCUUUCAAUGAUCACGAUCAAAUGCUUGUAACGAUUAUGGAGAGGAACGAGCGCUUUCUGCAAAAAGUUGUCGUAAACAAUAUAGUUAGUAAUAAUGCUGAUAUCUGGUUAAAUGAUAAUUUUGCGCUGUCAGUUGUACCAAUUGUAGAAUGGAUGAAUCACGUUACUUUUGCUGAAACGCUUAACGCCGAAGGUGUAUCGGACCUUUUAUUUUUAUCAAAGGUUGUAAAUAGUCCAUUUAAUCAGUUCCUAGAAAGGAAAAGAGAAUCGUCCAACACUCGUGUAACCCUAUGCAGAACUUUGGCAAAUAGAGAAAGAAGUCGAAUGAAUACGCUCGUAAAUAUUAUCAGAAUUCUUCCAAUUGACUACGUCGACAAAAUUUUGAAUCUCUUCUAUAAUAAUAUAUUCAGCAUGGACGAAUGGGAGAGAUAUUUGAUUGGUAUAAUCGGAACGCUAAACGCAAAUUACGAUCUUAGUUUCGUAUCAAUGAAAUGUAUUUCAAUAGUAAUAUCGUUUCUUAUGAAAGAUUUAAGCUAUUCAUGGGAUAAAGUAACUGUUGCAUGCACAAAACUUUUGGCUCUUUUCAUUAAAAGUGGAUACCUCUUGGAUAAUUUAAUUUUACAACCAGAUAAAUAUCUUAGGUUGUACCUUCAUUUGGGAUGCGAACUUUGGGAAGUUUGUUCUCAAAAAACGUUUCAUAAAAUAAAAUCAAGUUCUUAUAUCUUCCCUAUGCCACUUGUUGGAAUGAGUAGAAACGUUAUUCGUCGUACGAUUAGAAAACCAUUUAUGGACAAUUUGAAACUAAUCGGGGAACAGUUCAACUUACCACCCUAUGCUCAAGAUCUAAUUUCGCUUAAGACAAUCUACGAGCCAAUUUUGAUACCUUGUAAGAUGAAACAAUUCUCACCGAGUUAA